UAUCAUUAUUAUUAUCAUUUAGUCGAUAUUGUUAUAAAUUAAUCAUUUAUGCACCAUUAGGUUAUAUUAUCACUAUUCUUGGACGUCAACGUUCAUCAAUUCAUAUCAAUAAUCAAUUCAUUCAAUCAUCUAAUAAAAAUAUUCAUCAAUCAAUCAAUAUAUUAUUUGAUAAUUAUGAUUAUAUAUUAUUAAAUGGGAUUACAAUCUGUCCAUUAUUAAUUAAAUAUUAUGCAAAUCAAUUGAUUCAUUGUAUGUAUAAUAUUGGACAAUCUAUAGAAAUAUUAGUACAUUUAACUGAGAUCUAUGUAUCUUACAUGACUAUCAACACCACCACCACCACCACCAACACCAUCACCAACACCACCACCACCACCAACACCACCACUACUCAUAGUAACAAUAAUAAUAGUAGUAUUGUGAUAAAUAAUAUAGAAUUAAAUGAAUUAGAAUUUAAAGAAAAAUUUACAAAUGCUAUAAACAAUUUAAUUACUAAAGAAAAUGAACUUAAACAAUUAUUAUCUAUAUGGCCUAAUCAAAAAAUAAUUAAACCAACUUUAUUGUCAAUACUACAACGUUUCACUGAAAAUUCUGGAACAUCCGAUAUGAAUUAUGCUUGGCGUAUAUUACAAACAGAUUUUAUUACAAUCAAUCCAUUUCGAGUAGUUUAUAGUCAUGAAACGGUUUCAAAUCCUGCUCCUUCAGUUAUAACAAAACAAAAAUCAAAAGUGCUUAGUUCACGUGGAGAGAAAGCUAAUCAAUCAGUUAAAAUUAAUCCAAUUGAAGAAACAGUUAUUAAUCGUUGGAAUCAACCAGUCAUUAAUCCUGAUCUAUUAAUUGCUAUAGUACGUAUACAAUCAUUCUAUCGCGGUUGGCGUAUUCGAAAUACAAUACAUUUAAGUCAAACCAAAUAUCUAAUAGAAACUUUAUUAUCUAUCAUCAAUUCACAGAAUAAAUCAAAUAUAGAUAAUAAUCAUUUGAUGCAUAAGCGAUCAUUAUUAAGAAUUAAACGUUUAUCGAUUGGUUGGAUGUCUUGUUUGAAUGUAUUACAACAAGGUCAUUUACAAUGUGAGGCGGGAAAUCGAUUAAUUGAAAACUUGAUUCUUACUAAUUCCAAAACUACUACUGAUAAUAAUAAUAAUAAUAGUAGUAUACAAAAUAAAUUAUAUAAAGAUAUGAAUUCUUAUUUAAGUAUUAAAGAAUAUUCUGGUAACUAUGGUGAUAUACCAUCACCAUGUCCAAUGCAUCAUACAGGAUCAGAAUUACAUAAUAUGAAUCAAUUACAUAAUUCAUUACAUCAAGAUUGGAUUCAUUUAUUAUUUCGUGAUUGUAUUUAUUCAUCAAAAUGUUUAAAAAAUGAAAGUAUAAUAAUCAAUGAAGAAGAAGAAAUUCAAUAUUCAUUUCGUUUAAAAACUACUAUACCGGAUAGUUAUAUCCUAUUGAUCAAUAAUGAUAAUCGUGAAAUCAUUCAUCCAUCCAUUGAAUAUCCUUAUAGUUGGUUAAAUCUUAAAGAAAAUAAACAUGGAUAUAGUUUAUUAGGAUUAGUAACUAAUCAUAUAACACCUAUACCAAAUGGUAAAUGGAAUUUACAAUUAUUAGGACCAGGUAUCAUUGGUAAUGAAAAUCUUCCUAAACCAUUAAAUACAACAUUAAAUUUAUGGUCAAAUUUUCAUAUUAUUGAAUUAGAAGAUUAUUAUGAACCAAAUCCGAAAAAUCUAUUAUUUCGACGUAGAAUUAUAGCUUCUAAUGAUAGUUUGAUAACGGUUCAUUUACGAUUAUCUGUACCAAAUGUUUAUACGCGUUUAUGCAUUAAAAUGGGCAAUAAAGAAAUGAUCUCUGCUGAAGGUUUUGGUGCAGCAUGUAUUUUUGCUUAUAUUAUAUUAGCUGAUACAAUAAUAGAUGACAGAAAUAGUCAAACAUCUAAUUCAGGACGUCUAUUAGAAGUGAAUAAAGGUGACAAUGUCAAAUUAAGUAUAAAAGAUGUGACCAAUUCAAAAGUUAUAUCGAAUAAAUUGAAUACUACUAAAGUAUCUCCAAGAAGAUCUGCAUCAGUGAAGAAAAAUAUGAAACCGGGAAGUAGUUCUGGCAGUUCAACUGGUGGUAGUACAACAGGAAGUGGUCGAGGUUCUAGUAGUACUAAUAGUGCUAAUAUAGAGCGAUCAAAUCAAUAUGAACAAUUCAAUUCCAGUUCACCACAUUCACAUAGAUCAGAUAGUCAGCAAAUAGAAGGAGAAAAAGAAGAAGAACGAUAUUAUUGGAUUGAAGCUUAUGUAGAUGGUAAAAAUUGGCCAUUGAGUAUAACUAAUUGGGCAUUUUUAGAAGAACAGCGUUGUAAUAAACUUGAAGAGUGUCAAGUAAAUAAUACAACUUCUCGAAAUACUUCAGCUGAUAAAAGUUCUGACAGUAGAACUAUUAAAUCAGCAACAAAAUCACCUGGAAACAAAACAAUUGGUAUCACUGGUCAAAAAUCUGGUUCUACACGUGGUACUUCAGCAAAAAUUGAUUUUAAUCAAGCUCAUUGGAAAAUGAGAAUAAUAUGUAAUAAUUCUGUAAGAUUUAUUCUUAGAAUCAGUAUGUUUCUUAAGUGGGACUAU